AUGGCUAGGUCUGCCCUAUUAAUUGCUGUGUUUUAUAUGGUCUACGCAAUGAUCCCCAUUUUAAUGGGGCAGUCCGCAGGCGUAAACUUCAGCUUUCCUCAAUUCAGGAGUUGCAAUACAAGCGACAUUCUCUGUGUAAAUGAUGCCACAAUGUCUAGACAUGAAGUCCAUCUGACAAACAUUACAAAUCCUCACUACAAAUUGACCAACAAAACCUCAGGCAGAGUUGUUUACAGCCAGACCAUUAGCCUGUCCUCUCUUGACAGCUUCACUACAGAUUUUCAGUUUGUAUUGAAAUAUUAUAACCAUAGCCCUAAUGUUUAUCCAUACGGUGGAAUCUCUUUCUUCAUGACAUCGAAAGAAAUGGCGACAAGUGCUCACUCAGUAAAUUCUUUCAGCGGUCUUCCUGGUAAUGGAUCUCUCUCAGUCGGCGUUGUCGCAGUUGAAUUUUAUAGUAACAAUAAGGUUUACACCGAUGUUGGUGGCUAUCGUCCUAAUCCGACUUUAAAUUACACGAACUUGAAUGCACCAUUAAACGAUAGGACGCUGUGGCAUGCACGCAUAGAUUAUAACUGUAUUAAAAAAUACCUGCAAAUAUUCUUCUCAAAAGCCUCCAAUAGCUCUAUGUCCCAAGUAGAUCCCAUUCUCGCGCAUCCUUUGGAUAUCUCCACUUAUCUUCCUGAUGAUUUUGUCGUAGGGAUUUCUGCUUCUGCUGAAAAUUUCAGUGUUACCCACACAAUCCUUUCAUGGAGCUUCAGGGUAGUUGUGAUGUGGAGGUUGUUCGCCAUCGUCAUGAGAUUGCAAAGCAGCAGCGAACAAACAUGUGAAGACAAUGAGAUAGAGAUUGACAGGCUUGUAGACCAAGGUCCAAGUAGAUAUAAGCUGGAGGAUCUCAAGGCCGGAACCGACAAUUUCAGUGAAACUUUAAAGCUGGGCCAAGGAGGAUUUGGAGGUGUGUACAAAGGCGUUAUAGGAGAAACAAAUGAAGUUGUUGCUGUCAAGCGCGUCUCACAAGGGUCAAGACAGGGGUUAAAAGAAUUUAUCUCUGAAAUAAGUAUUGUUAGUCGAGUAAGGCAUCGAAACCUUGUUCAGCUUUUGGGAUGGUGUCAUGAGAAAGGCGAAUUGCUUUUGGUGUACGAGUAUAUGUCUAAUGGAAGCCUAGACAAACACCUUUUCAUCAAAGGAGAUUCUCCUCCACUGCAUUGGACUCGUAGGUAUCAAAUAGCUUUGGAAAUAGCUUGUGGGCUGUUGUAUCUUCAUGAAGAAUGGGAUCACUGUAUUGUACACAGGGAUGUAAAAUCCAGCAAUGUUAUGCUCGAUAACAAUUUCAAUGCAAAGCUUGGGGACUUUGGUUUGGCACGCAUAUUGGAGCACAAUUGUUUGUCUCAGACCACAAUAGCGGCUGGAACCCUGGGCUAUAUGGCUCCUGAGUCUGUUACCACAGGAAGAACAAGUCCUGAAUCAGAUGUUUACAGUUUUGGUGCCGUGGCCUUGGAAAUUGCUACAGGAAGGAGAGCUGUAGAUAAGAGCUUGCAAGAGCAUAACAUGAGGGUUGCAGAGUGGGUAUGGGAUCUUUAUGGUCAAGGCAAAGUUUUGGAAGCUGCUGAUGAGAAAUUGAAUGGAGAGUAUGAAAGGUUAGAAAUGGAACAAUUGAUAGGGAUAGGGUUGUGGUGCUCUCAUCCAGAUCCAGUUGCAAGACCCAAAAUGAGGCAAGUGGUAAAGUUGUUGAAGCUGGAAGAUCGAGUGCCUAAUCUUCCUCCAGAAAUACCUGUGCCAACAUAUACCGCAUUUCAUGGAGCCAACCUUUCAGUUUCUUCUUCAUUUAGAACGGAGCCUACCCAUGCACUCCCGUCUCUUGCUUCCAUAUCUCAAUCAGUUAAUUCAUCUCAAAUCUCCUCCUGA